CUCACAUCUUGGCAAGGCUCCGAAAAUCCUCCACGCGACCCGUCAGCCUUGCACGACAAUCACCAUCCCACGUCUCGACGCGCCGACAACCACAUCAUUCAAUCCCUUCUUAUAUCACGUCCCUAAGCCCAUUGUUCUUCGAUCGCAAUACCAACUUCGGUAGCAUUUAAUAAAAAAUCGCGCGAUUUGCCAACCAAAUACCCCCGCCCCCAUCGUCACACCAACCCCAGCUGGAGACAAUGGCUAGCGACAAAGCCAUCACCAACGCCAUCUUGGAGACGGUGCGCAAGCUCUUCAAGACGGAUCUCGAUGCGCUGAGCGUGAAUCAUGUGCGCAAGAUUGUGGAGGAGCAGUUAGAUCUCUCCUCCGGCUUUCUAAAGGGCGACGCGUGGAAGGCGAAGAGCAAGGAACUUAUCACCAGUGAAGUCGCGAAACUAGAUGAAGGCACCUCAGCCCCUGAAUCCCCAGCUCCAGCUCCGAAACCGAAAUCGAAACCCGAACCACAGCCAAAAGUAACAAAGAAAAACGAACCAGUCAAGAAAGGCACCAAGCGCGCUGCCCCAGCGAAGGCAGCGGCCCCGAAAAAGCGUCAGAAGAAGGAGGUUACGCCCAGCUCGUCGGAUGAGGAGCUGAGCGAGCCGGAGAGUGAGCCCGAGCAGAGUGAGGAGGAGGCCGAAUUCAGCGAUAGCGAUGUGAGCGAGGCGCCGAGACCGACGAAGCGCGCUGGAGGUGGACCGUGGAAGAAGGGCAAGAAGGAGGAGAUGGAGAGUGAAGAGGAGAGUGAGGCGGAGGAGACGCCGAGUGACGGUGAUAGCGAUGUUAGUGAGGCGCCGAAGAAGAAGGGUGCGAAGCCGAAGGCAAAGACGAAGGCAAAGCCGGCGCCUAGGCGCGCAUCUACUGCUUCGAGGAAAUCGAGCGAGAAAGUUGUGUCUGAGAAUGAGGAGGAGGAGGAGGUUGCGUCCCCGAUAAAGCUUAACCCAGUUGUGGUCGCGAAGUCGAAACCGCUACACACAGUAGAGACACCAGACGCCGAGGACGACGAAAAGCCCGACACCACAAACCAGGCAGCCGAGGACUCCGACUCCGACCUCUCAGUCCUCAUUAACGAGCCGCCCAAGCGCUCCAAGUCAAGCUCCAAGUCCACCAAACCAUCCACAUCCAAGACCCCCAAGCCCGCCGCGGCUCUCUCCCCAGCCAACGCCGAGAUCAAAACCCUCCAAUCCCAACUCGUCAAGUGCGGGAUCCGGAAGAUCUGGCAGUUCGAGCUGAAAGACUAUGGAGACGAUUCCAAAGCCAAGACCCGGCAUUUAAAGAACAUGUUGAAGGAGGUGGGGAUGGAGGGACGGUUCAGCGAGGCGAGGGCGAGGGAAAUUAAGGAGAUGAGGGAGUUGGCGCAGGAUGUGGAGGCGGUGACGGAGGGGGCGACGUUGUGGGGGAAGAGGGGGAGGAGGAGUGGGGGGAAGAAGGUGGUUAGUCAGGAGGUGGAGAGUGGGAGUGAGGAGGAGAGUAAGGAGGAGGAUAGGCCGGCGAGGAGGGCGGCGAGGAAGGAUGAUUUGGCGUUCUUGGGGGAUGAGAGUGAGUCGGAUUGAGGGGGGUGGGGAUAUUCGGGGUUGGAUAUCCUUGGAGGGAGACACGCCUGCUUGGGCCUCGCUACAAAUGUGGGGAAUGUCUGUGUGUAUUCAAUGCAACUGCAGUUAAUGUGGUCGCUUUGCUGGUAUAUGCGUGGAGUGUGUAAUCAGCUCUUUAUAAUACUAGUUAUUAAUGCUAUUUUGUGGAUGCCA